UGUGAGUGUGGGCAGUGAGCUGUGAGUGUGGACAGUGAGUGUGGGCAGUGAGCUGUGAGUGGACAGUGAGUGUGAGCUCUUGAAUGUAGAGCGUGAGUGUGUAAGCUGUAUGUGCAGAGUGAACUGUGAGUGUAGAAGGUUUGCUCAGAGUUUGAGGGAGGGAGGAGGCCCUCUGACAGAUUGUGCCAGCUGACUGCUGCUGCUAACGUCUGGGACACUUGUUGGAGCAGGCACCAAAGAUGACCAUCCUGUUGCUGUAAAUGAAGCUGCCUGCUGGAAGCGUCGCUUUUGUUUACAUCUGAGGGUUUUGGAGAACUUUGGACCCAGUGCACCUCCUUUGGUGCAGGUACAAUGGCAAAACAUGUUGCAAUAAUUAAUGCCAAUGGAGAUUUGAAAGGAUACACAGACCAGAAUCUUUUUCCAGUGAAAGAUAGUAUAUCCAUGGUUGCAGCAUCAGUUUCCAACAUUGUUUCUCAAACCAAGAUCUUACCUAAAACCUUAGGCCUAGCAAACGUGAAUGUUGCACCCCAAAUGAUCAUAAGCACGCCACAGCGAUUGAGCAACUCUGGGAGUGUCCUAAUCGGAAGUCCAUACACCCCCACGCCAGCCAUGGUUACUCAGAGUCACGUGACAGAACCAUCUGGCUGGGUUACAGGGAGCAGAAAACGUACCCAUGAAUUUAUUGAAUCUGAUUUUUCAGACAACAAAAGAAGCAAAAAGGGAGAAAAGAAUGGAAAGGGAUUACGACACUUUUCGAUGAAGGUGUGUGAGAAGGUGCAGCGGAAGGGAACUACCUCGUAUAAUGAAGUGGCUGAUGAGCUCGUGGCAGAGUUCAGUAAUUCAAGUACUCACAUGUCUUCAGAUUCUCAGGCUUAUGAUCAAAAGAACAUUCGGCGCCGUGUUUACGAUGCACUUAACGUACUGAUGGCUAUGAACAUAAUUUCUAAAGAAAAGAAAGAAAUACGAUGGAUUGGGCUUCCCACAAACUCUGCUCAGGAAUUUCAGAAUCUCGAGGUGGAGAAACAGAGACGAAUAGAACGAAUUAAACAAAAGAGGGCUCAGCUUGAAGAAUUGAUACUGCAGCAAAUAGCGUUCAAAAAUCUAGUACAGAGGAAUCGACAAUCAGAACAGCAGACACAGAGUCCUCCUGCACCAAACUCAACUAUUCAGUUGCCUUUCAUCAUCGUCAACACCAGCAAGCGAACUGUCAUAGAUUGCAGCAUCUCCAGUGAUAAGUUUGAAUAUCUAUUCAACUUUGACAAUACGUUUGAGAUUCAUGAUGAUAUUGAGGUGCUGAAACGUAUGGGAAUGUCCUUUGGGUUGGAAUCGGGUAAAUGUACACCAGAAAAUCUGAAAACUGCCAACUCAUUGGUGCCAAAGGUUUUGCAGCCCUAUGUUGCAGAAAUGGCUGACGGAUCAUCCUGGGCAAACAAGGAAGUACCUACAGAUCUAAUACAAACUGCCUCAGCUUUAUCUACACCUGGCUCCAUUUCUCAGUCAAGUAUAAACCCUGGAUUAUCACUUGAUGUGGAAGUUGCCUUAGCAACUGGACACCUCCUUGCUCCAGAAAGCCGCCACUCGAGCAGCAUUGCAUCGCACUAUGAAUCACGAGGUGAAACACCAUGCUCAUUUAAUGAUGAUGAUGAAGAUGAUGACGAUGAUGAAGAUGACUGCUCCUCACUUGUUGAAGGGGAGUAAAGAGUGUGCUGGCAUACUUUCUCAAGCUGCUCACAUGCUUUUUUAUUAAAGCUGUACUGUACGAUGUUUCACCAUCCACUGUUGUCAUCCUUGUGACUGACCCUUGCAGACUGAAAGCCAAGGGAGAGAGAAAUGAACAGCAAUUCUGUGUGAAUGUGCAGAAUCCUAUGAUGCAGCUUUCAGUCUGUUGUGAUACAUUAUCAGAUUCAGUUAAAAAAUGAUCCAAAGCUGAUCAGCUGGCACAGUUUUAAUAGCUGCUAUUUUAUUUUUGUUCUGGUCUAUUUUAUGCUUCUACUCUCUCCCUUUACUCCUGUCCUUUGGAAGCUGGUGAGGGUACACCCCCUGGUUGUUUCAGCGUGUUUUAAGUGUAUCUUUUGCUUGUACGAUUGAGUUGUGGACUUAGGGUAUGUUGAGAUAAAGCAAAUUGUUUUGGUUAUUUUACAAUUUAUUCAUGGUUGGGAUAGAUACGUGUUUGGAGACUGUUGCAGUUUUGAGUUCCUGACUUGGAAAUAUCUAGAUUGCAUAUACUUCCAAUCUGAAAUCCUGGGUUUGCCCAGUUCUGUCGCAAGGGAGAUCCAAAGAAAUACCAAACCCUGAUGUUGAUGGAAGCUAAUAUAUGACGUUUAUCUCAAAGAAAAUGAGUAUGAUUAAGUUUGUAGUCUUAAAUUCACCUGUGUGAAUGAUUUACUUUACAUAUUGAGCAACAAAUCAAAUGUAACAUUCCUCAACAAUGACUUUCUUUCAGAAACUGAGGAUAAUGAGUCACAACUGCUGAUCGAGUCAGUUAUUUCAUACAAAGGAAUUGAUCAGCAGCUUAUUAAAGUACAUCUGCUCCUCCGAUGGCACUGUGAAUCUAGCUGUAGUCUGUUUUAUCCACACGGAUUGAGAUGGUGCCCAAGGUUGGUACCCAGACAUAGCUAAUCUUCAGGUGGCUGUAGUUUGAAUUCAGCCAGCCUGAAUUAGACAGAGUAUUGGCUAGACUUUCUGGUUCUGAUUGCUGCGUACGAUAUCCCAUUCGGGUGUACGUAGUUGGAGAUCAAGUGGGGCAGGAUCAGCCUAGAAGGCAUCCGUGUGCAGUCUAAAAGCCCACCAAUAUUCAGGUGUUAAAGACUGCCUGCAAAUAUUGAUCAUCUGGAAAAGGUGCCAUGGCAUGACUUCGGACCCCGAGCCAUUUGGCCAGGUAAGGAGACACCCAUUUUCAAGAGAGGAGGAGAAAGGAGAAAACUAUAUUUUUUGAAAAAACCCUUCUGAUUUUGAACUUUUGUACAUUUGACUUUUUUAAACAAUAUUUUGUCAAGUGCUAUUAUCUAGUCUUUCCAUCAUAUUUCCAGGUAUCAUAUUUUAUACUAUUCUUCAUCAGCCCCUUCUUUUAUAACGAGAUAAAAAUGUAAGCUAUGUCGAGAGCAACAGUCAGAAUAUGCAACUGGAUUUCAAUAACCUAGACCAUGCACUCACUCACUCACCAACCUCUCCUUUCAAAGUCAGCCUGUCUCCAGAGGUCAACCUUUCUGAACCCAUCUGGGUGAAAUAGGUCAGGGGGCAGGAAUGGAAGGCAGGCGAUGAUGACAAGCAGCAGCCUACCUUACAUUCCAACCAGCGUUCUCUUCUAUUGACAACACUUCAGCCAGAAUGUAUGACAAGCUGUUAGAUUGUUCUUGUCUGUUUAACACUUUUGCCCAAGACUGAUUUCACCCUCAUUGUGUUUUUGUAAAUAAUUUGCCAAGUUAUUAAUUUUUGAUUCAAGUUUUAUAUCCACUUUGUAGAAAUAUGUUCACUGUACAUAUAUAUAAAACAUUCUUCAGUUGUGCUGCAAAUGGGAUGUUAAGGUAUACGUUUUGGUAUGGUUUAAAUUAAGGGCAUCAUUGUUGAAUGUGCUGAUGAUCAUACCUGCAUGGCCUUUGGUGAUGGUGCAGCUACCUGCUUCCUGUGUUUUCAGGGAAGAAUAUUUCCACAAUGAACUAAAAAAAAAAUUUGUAUUGUAGAACAUGGAAUAAAAUAAUUUAAAGACAA